AUGACUGCAAACCAGAAACGUUGCCAUGCACUCCUUCAGGCAGGUAGACUUUGGGAAGCCAUCGAAUCGUACCAGCAUAUGAUGGAUGUAGGUGAUAUAACUACGAAGGCUGACUCCCUUGACUGGUAUACUGGCAAGUCUUCAGAAGAAUGCAGCGUGCUCUGUGCUGCCAAUGGAGAUGCUGCCUUCACUGCAAGUGAAUAUGACAGAGCUAUCGAUCUAUACUCAGUGGCGAUCGAGCUGGAUUCUGCAUCUGAUACCAUCUUUGCAAAGCGCAGUAAGGCCAAGUCUGGGAAAAUGUUAUGGAUCGAAGCACUUCACGAUGCGCAAAAGGUCAUCAAACUCAACCCUUCGUCUUAUCUUGGAUACAAUUUGAAGCACACAGCGCUUCAUGGUGCACAGCACUAUGAUGAAGCAAUCCAGGCCUUCCAAAUCAUGAUGACCAAAUUGGACGAUGCCACUGACGUUCUGACUCAAAAGCUGUGCCAGCAGUAUCUUAAUCCAUCCAAAGCAGUACAUGACAUUCGACAGGUUAUUGAUGCUCAACUACAAAAUGCAUCAUUUCGUGCACUCGACACUAUCACCGGGCUCUUAUGUGAUCGAGAGGCGCAGAUAAACGCCUUCAAAACAAGUGUAGAGUAUAAGGAGCUUGUUUCAUCAACAAUUACACAUACAGACUUCAGAAUGAAACACAUCAAUGAAACAGUCGCAAUGUACUUCCGUUAUGCCAUGUUAUCACACAGGUGGGAAGGGAAGGAGACACUGUUGCAGGAUAUCCAGGACAAGGUCUUGUACGAGCUGAAUCCCAUUGGCAGCAUGGUAAAGUUGCAAUCGUUCUGCAAAAUUGCUAGCCGUGCAGGGUAUCGCUGGGCGUGGAGCGAUACAUGUUGCAUUGACAAGAGCAAUAGUGUCGAGUAUCAAGAAGUCAUCAACUCCAUGUUUGCUUUGUAUCAACACUCAGCGCUCACGAUUGUCUACCUGUCGGAUGUCCCACCCUUGUUGAAGUCCGGCGCAUUGGCAAAUAGUGAUUGGAACACACGCGGAUGGACAACUCAAGAACUCCUUGCUUCUCAAGUCAUUCUCUUUUAUCAGAAGGAUUGGACUUUAUGUCUCGACGAUCGCUCUCCCAACCACAAGGAGUCUGUCGCGAUCAUGCAGGAGUUGGAAGAGAUACUCCAGUGGGCAUCCACGUGUGUCACAACAUUACCGGAAGAUAUCGCUUAUUCAUUAUCCGGCGUCCGCCUACAUGUGGAUUAUGGCGAGAAGAAGCAGUGCGCACUUGGGAGACUUCUGCGGAAGGUCAUAGCUUGGUCGGGCGAUAUUACUGUACUAGACUGGGUCGGGAAACCAUCAGAGUUCAAUAGCUGUUUACCAGCCGACAUCACUUCGUAUAAAGCACCCCCAUGCGAGUUGCCAUCUCUAUCAGAAGAUGAUAUUCAGUCAUUGGUCUCUUCUCUGCAAGAUGCAGUGGCUCUAGAGCCGGCUUCGAGGUUGUAUCAGACACUUGACUACCUGAGCGCUCCACGGUUCGUGCACCGCUGGUUGCAUCUGCCUUGCAUUGUGUUCCCUGUGACAGGAGUUAGGCAGAAGCCUGGCCAGAAAAGGGGGAUACAUUUCACGUACAGAAUCAAGGCAGAUGGGCUUCGUGACCUGGAUAUAAUCACGGAAGACAAGCUAACUCAAUUCUUGCGGGCAAUGCCUCUGCCAGCUUGGUGGACGUUCUUGCUUGUCCGCACAUGGAGCCGUCAUCUCCUUGAGCUGCCUGACGCUGCAGAUGAUGCAGAGAGCAUGGAAGAUUGGUCCAUAUCUGAAUCUACGCUACCCCCUUCAGAAAACGAGCCAGUUUAUUCGGAAUCUCACUCACGGGCAUUGCAAUUGAUUGUUCGCCUUGGACAACCGUUUGGCGCAUUUCUUUUAGCACGGCAGCGCGACGGAGAAUACAAGAGAAUCACGUCAGAUCAUAACAUCAUUGCACAAGUCAAUGACAUGGCAUCUGUUGGCGACAUGAUGGAUAUCAGGACACUGGAGAUAAUAUAA